AUGCUGAUCGAGGGAAUUUAUCUCUACCUCUUCGUCAUGAAAGUUUACAACAUUAACACCAAGAUGUACAUAUAUCAUGUCAUCUCAUGGGGUUAGUUUUUUUUAUUUUAAAACAUGCACUUGUAACUAUCACUAUGCUUUCGGAUCGCCAAAUCUAGUGUUGUCAUGCAGUAAGGUGUUUCGAUUUCCUUCCUUUCUUUAUUGGUAGGUCUUCCAGUGAUCAUGGUGGCCAUUUCACUUCGCAUCGCUGCUGGAAAAAAAGGGUUACAAAGCUAUACGAGUAAUAAACAAUAAGAAAAAAAAAUUAACGGUUUCUUCUUGCUCUUCUCCUUUUAAUUCGUUUCUAUUAAUUAUUUUUUUUGUUUGGUUUUGCAUAUAGUUUGAAAUCGGUAUCGUUUCAUUUGCUGAGGAUUUGUGUGUUUUUCCUGUGUUUCAUUUCUUCGAGUUUAGUUGCUGGCUUUCCUCGAAUAACAACCUGAUCUGGAUAUUCGUCGCCUUUGUGGCUUUCAUUGAAGUUGUGAGUUUAUGAUUAGUGCUGGUGAUUGUGAUUGGUAUACCUGGACUACUUGCUGCUAAAAAUUUUUUCUCUGCUCUUCAAAAAACGAAUUAAAUAUUAAUGAUAUGACCCCACGCAAUAUUUACCAUUUUCCUUUUCCUAUUUACUCACAACAAACUUUGGACGUAGCUGCUGUUUAUGAGAAUGCUGGUCAAUUUUAAUUUAAUGAUAGCCGCUUUCAAUAGCGUGUAAAAUCUGUUGAGACAAUGUCUUCACAGGCAAAAGAUAGCUUCAUAAACUCUCCAUCUUUUACUACAUCGUAUGAGAAAAAAGAUUCUUGCCCUUCCUUGUUGAUGUUCUCUCACUGUUUCACAUUGAUAUACCAAGAAAUUUUUUUCGUGCAAAAAUAACUCUUAAAAAACAUUGAACAAGGUGAAAGAAGCACGAGGAGUAGGAGAUAUCAAAUUUAUGUCAUUUAACAUAAGGAACCACUUUGCAUGGUUCAUUCAGUUCAGACACUAUAGUUCGCGAUUUCUUUAGCUCAUUGUCUGAUAAUCGAAGCUCAAAAUCUAGGUCCCCCGGUUGAGAGUUCUAUUCCCUGUAAAUGACUCUUUAUCCCAAGCUUGUUACCAAACCAGUAACGUCUCUGUAAAGGAUCCUCUCCUGCUUUGUCUACUCGAUAACCAUCUCUAAAUAAUCAAUUUAUUUUUAUUGUAUUCUUCAGCUCAAUAUCUUGAUACUCUUACGAGUCAUAAAGGAGAUGACCAAUUUGUUGCAGCCAACAAGAGAAGAAGACCAUUCUCAGCAAAUACGGUACGGUUCACAUCAUAAAAAUAUAACAAAAUAGUGGAAGAGGUUGCUAUGUCUUCCUGUGAGGCUCUAUUCGCCCAACUUCUUCAUUCCCUAAUCAGUAAAGCCUUACGAUAUCUAAAACUGAAAAAUCCUUGUCAAAGGAAAAUAAAGGAAUGUUCUCUUUUUAACUCCUAGAAUUGGCGUCAAAGCAUGCGUGGUGAUGAUUCCCCUGCUGGGUGUCACGUGGCUAUUCGGUCUCCUCUCGACUGUACAUAAAGGUUUCGUUUACAUCUUCACCAUACUUAACUCUGCUCAGGUCAGUGUUCGAUGGUAACAUUCAAAAUCAUUCAAUCAAUCUCUAUCAUUCAUUCAUUCAAUCUCUAUCAUUAUUUUAUUUUCUAACCAAGUAAGACAUCGUUACAAUGGUCACAUGAUAUUUUUUUGGAAUUUUGAAAACAAAAAGCUAUUAACUAGGCAAGAUAAGACAGACCUCUUUUGAAUUAUGAGAUAUGCAAUUUUCCUUCUUUCUUGGAAAUCUUAAUAGAUAUUUGACUAGUUUGUUUGCAUAUUGUAAAAAGUAAUGAUCCUAAUAUCAUGUUUCUGCUGCAGGGUAUCCUGAUUUUUGCUCUGCAGUGCAUGGGAAACACUCAGGUAAGAAAAAACAUCAAACCGAUUAUUAACUCCAUA